AUGUCAGAUAAUGAAACAACUCACGAAAAAAAAUAUACAAAUAAAAAAAUUGACGAACUUUAUAUACAGAAUGAAAUAGAUAAAUUAAAUGUUGAUACAUUAAUCCAGCCAGAACAAAAUAAUGCUUUAAAAAAAGUAAUAAAAACUGAUAGAAAAAUUGUCUUAAAUCUCGAUGAAAAAAUUAGUAAAUUACAAAAAUGUUGUCAAUAUGGUAAACAAAUAUCUAAAAUUAUAAAUUUUAAAGCAGAAGGUUUAAGUACUAUUUCAUUAAAAGAAAAAUUAAAAUUAAUUUUAGAAACAUUUAAUGAAAAUUUUUGUGAUUAUAAUACUAUAAAUAAUAAUAAUACUUUAAAUUUUAAAAAAAUAUCCAAAUAUUUUAGUAUAAAAACAUUUUCUUUUUGCUCUUUAAAUUAUGAUACAAUACCUUUAAAUUUAUUUAUGAAUGAUGUAAAUUCAUUCAAUUUGGAAACAAAAGAAAAAAAAGCUUAUAACAGAGGAAAAAUUUUUAAUAAUAAUUAUAAAAAAUUAAAAGAAUAUGAAUAUGAAAAAGAACCCGAAAUAAAACUAGAAACUUAUGAUCAAUCAAUGAAACUAAAAGAAAAAUUAAAAGAACUUGAAAAAAAUCAAAAAAAUGUAAAUUUUUUAAAUUUUAUUAUUGAUUGUGAUCCAGUAAAUGGAUAUAAUGAAACUACUUUUCGAUUAUUUUUAAUUACACUACUAGUUUCAAAAGGGCAUGUAGAAUUUUAUAAAGAUAUAAAUAAUAAUUUAUGUAUUAAAUCUAGCAAUAUUUUUGAACAAGAAAAUAACGAUCAAUUUUUAUAUGAUGAAAAUAAGCAAAUAAAAAAAAAAAAUCAAGCUAUGUUAACAUCUUGGUCUUAUCAUAAAUGGGAACAAUUAACAAAACAGUUAAAAAAUGUUACAUAA